ACACCCUUUUGCGAUUAAAUUAGUUGUAAAACAUUUUUCCAAAUUGACUUAAGAUGGAAGUGGACGAGGGUAAAGAACUAGUCAUUAGGAUGACCCAGAAGAACAAGGAGACGCAGACCUCGACCGCGAAGCCGGGCCCCAUCAACUGGCUCCCCCAGGUAGCAGCCUAUCCGACUGUGAGUCCGCGCCACACUGCUCAGCCCUUGGGGCCUAUCCAGGCAUUCAUGCCCCGUCAAUCAUCGUCGUCGAGCCAGUUUUACAUGCACCGCGAGCAGGAGCUCUACCGCCGGGCCUGCUACUUGAAGGGACUCCGUCUGGGAUGCUUGCAGCUGCGCGAGCACUUUUUGACGGGGCCAUCCGAUAAGGAGGAACUUCCGCCAUCCUACCGCUACACUCUAGAGGAGAUGAAGAGCCUCAAUCCCUAUCGUUUAGACAAUUACGAAAAUUAAACCGAUACUCGACAUCUCCAUACAGAAGCACACCACAACCACACAGCCAUACCACGCUUGACCAGAGAUCAGCGCACCACAGCACACGUAUGCUGGCACUACACACAGCAAACUUUGCUAUUUCGCUGUCAACCAAUGCCAAAUAGAAAAUGCAUAGUUUCCCUUUCGAUUAAAUAAUAAUAAUAAUAAUAAUAA